GUUGACUUGCUCCAUUCAUUGAAAGAGUCUCUCGGCUAAGCUGUACUAGGAGAUGUUAGUAGUGGUUAUAGCUCAGUAGCUGUUAUCAUGUUAAUAGAUUGUCAUAUGAACACUGACUGUGUGAGAGAGUGUUAGUUAGUGAUGUUGUUAGAACUGGACUCGUAGUACUAUAUAUAGUGGAUUAUCUCUGAUCGGUAUUUAUGUAUUAAUGUUGGUUGUGUAGAUCUAGGAGUAUAUAUUAUUUACCUGUGGAUAUAAUGAUUGUAAAGAAAAAGUCCAUGAAUCCAGAUGCUUUAUGAUAUACGGAAAGUUCUCAAGCUGUAAACAGCCAUAUAUAUAGUUUUGGAAUUGUGAUCCGAAAGAAUAGAACUUUAUCCAUGGUUAGACACGUUUCCCGAACAUUGAUACGGUAGUGAGAGUUCGGAAAAAAGAAUUUCCAUAAUGGCUUCCAUAAUUGUUGUAAUAUUUAGUUUUUUGAUUGUUCCCAGCAUUUUAGGAAAUGAAAUUACGUUACGUUAUGAAAUCGAGGAAGAGCAAGAUCCUGGUACGGUAAUCGGAAAUGUCGCUUCCGACAGUAGACUUGAUGAAGACUUCAGUUCUGCAGAAUUUCAAAAACUGACUUAUAUCAUAUUUAAGGAAGGUAAUGCACAUGCAAAUAAAUUCCGAAUCAAUGAUAAAACAAGUCAAUUAAGUACAGCUGUUAAACUAGAUCGUGAAGUCGUCUGUGAAUCCAAGUUGGUUUGUGAAUUAAAAAUAGAUAUUGGCGUGUACAUGAAGCUGGAUUCUGGAAUUGAUGAUUUACGUAAAAUUGUUCGAGUGACAAUAGUUUUACAGGAUAUCAAUGAUCAUGCGCCAACUUUCACCAAAGAUACUAUUACGCUGGAAGUUCCAGAAUCCGUUCUUAAAAAUCAUGUUCUUUAUAUAAGUGGUGCCAAUGAUCCUGAUAUCUCGCCAAAUUCUAUCAAAGAAUACAGUUUGAUUCCUCCAACUGGUAUGUUCAGCUUGCAGGUAACCACCAACUUAGAUGGCAGUUCUAAUUUAGGCCUGAUUGUCAAUCAUAAGCUGGACCGCGAAACUGUAGAUUUGUUUAACUUAAAGAUCAUCGCAAAAGAUGGCGGAAUUCCUCCGAAAACUGGCUCAGUGAACAUACAGAUUAAAGUUCAGGAUGAUAACGAUAAUAGGCCAGUCUUUUCCAACGAACCAUACCAGAUCUCAAUCAGGGAAGAUUUUCCUGUUGGUUCCACUAUUAUCAAACUCGAUGCUGUAGAUCCUGAUUUUGGUGUUAAUAGCAACCUGACCUAUUCCUUGAGCACCCGAACAUCUGACAAAGUAAGAAAAUUCAUUGAUAUAAAUGAAGCCACAGGUGAAAUUUAUGCCAAACAACAUCUUGAUUAUGAACAAGAGAAGUUUUUACAAUUUUUAGUCGAUGUUUCGGAUCGAGGUACACCAUCCCUCUCGUCUCAGACAACUGUUAAAAUUGACAUAGAAGAUGUAAACGACAACGCACCUCAGCUCAAAGUGAAUCUUCCACCUAGCAGUCGUGCUAUUUCAGAAUCGGCACAGAAAGGUGCCUUUGUAGCUCAUGUGUCUGUUUUUGACGAAGAUAGUGGUGAAAAUGGAGAAAUUACAUGUGACAUUGCUGAUGAUAGGUUUUCGUUGCUCCUCUUUUCUGACUUUGCGUACAUCUUUAAAAUAUUGUUGGAGAGACCUCUCGAUUAUGAAGAAACACAUAAUGUCACUGUUAAUGUAACGUGCAAAGAUAAUGGCAACCCACCUCAAUUCAACUCUACGUCAUUUGUUUUUGACGUAGCAGACGAAAAUGAUAAUCCUCCGCUUUUUUCUCAAAAGGAAUACAGAGUUGCCUUUACAGAGAAUAAUAGUAUUGGUGAUAAAAUACUGACUGUUCAGGCCACUGAUCCAGAUAGCGGUGAAAAUGCUAAAAUUAUUUACGAACUGAUGAACAGAAGUUCAGUAGUGACUAUAAAUUCUUCCAGUGGGAUUAUUCGUGCUGAAACGGUUUUCGAUCGUGAAGUAGAAACCUGGGAGUACAAUUUUAAGGUGAUAGCUAAAAACACUGGAUAUCCAGUCGUAUCCUCCACUGCAGAGGUAGUUGUGAUUAUCACAGAUCAAAAUGAUCAUCCGCCAUUAUUUACGUCAAAACAUUUUACGUUUGGUGUGAUGGAAAAUCAACAACCAGGUACACACGUUGACCGAUUGAAUGCGACGGAUGCAGAUAACAGCAAAAAUACAAAUAUGAUUUUCUCUUUCGCGGCUGAUUCGCAAGUUAAUGAGUUCAGUAUUGAUCCAUACACAGGAUUUAUUAAAACCACCAAAAAACUUAAUCGCGAGGAAAAUAGUCAUUACGAUUUUAAUGUUGUAGUUAGUGAUAAAGAUAAAUCAACGUUUGAAGAUACAGCUAAGGUUACGGUAAAUAUUUUGGAUGAUAACGACCAUGCUCCCGUUAUAUUGUACCCUAAUGAACGCAAUAAGACGGUUCAAAUUCCCUUUAAUAAGCCUGCGGGUACGAUCAUCUUAACGAUUAAAGCCGAGGAUUCAGACAGCGACAAUAACGCCAAGUUAACAUUCUCCAUCAAUAAGGGUAAUGAUAAGAAACUCUUUAUGAUGAAUUCCGAUACUGGAGAAAUCAUGAUUGCCAAAACCUUGCAUGCGAGCGAUUCCGAUACUUAUCCCUUGGUUAUUGGUGCCCACGAUAAUGGUGGCGCAAAACAAAAGAAUUCUUAUUCCAAUUUAAAUAUAAUAGUGACUGGAGGUAACAGUUCUGCUAUAAGAUAUGGCGAACGUGGUAAUGGCACAGAAAACCAGAAUAUGGCAAUUGUGAUUACCCUUAUUAUUGUGACUGUGGUUCUCGCCAUUGCAGUUUUAAUAACAAUUUGUAUUAUUCGAAAAAUAGAUCGCGAUAGGCGUAAGAAAAGCACCAGUAAAUUGGAAAUGGAGAAAGCAUUAGAAAUGCAGAAACCAUUUGAUCAUUUGAAUGACUUAAAAUCUAGUGAUUCAGAAGACAAUGAAAUAGAAAAACUAAAACAAAAAAUUAAACGUGAUUUAAGUUUUUCUGUGAAUGACAGUGAACCAAACUUUGAUUCUUCAUCUUUCACGAAUGUGUCAUCGUUUACAACAUUUACUGGUAAAAAUUUAACAUCAUAUUCCUCCAUAGAACAGAAGAUGCUUGAGAAUCCACAAGCUUGUAGUUCUGUUUUAUCUAAUAAUACAUUGUCUCCAGAUGGAAACAAGAAAAAUCGGCAUUAUCCCGAUAAAAGGCGGGAAAUAAACAGAUUGUCAUCUGAUCAUUUAAGACCAUAUAGAGGUCAUUGGUUACAAGAUCAAAAGCAUCAAGGUAUGUCAAAGAUAUCAGAAGAUCUAACAAGUGAGAUCUCUGGUAGUACGGAGACGAGUGAACGAGACAGUGGGCGUGGUGGUAGCGAAGAAGAUAUUCAUCCACAUAGUGAUUCUGAUGAUACCAAACCCGUGACUAGCCCCAGUAAUGGAGAGAACAGUUUUCGGCAUGACGAAACUACUCCAGAAAUUGUCAAUGUAUCGCCCCAUAGUCUGCACUCACCAACAGACACACAUUAUCAACGCAACAUUAGUUUUAGUGAUGACAGUGUGACGGCGAACACUACUGUUGAUAACCAACAAAGACUGCGGAGGAAUUUCUCAGAAAGUUGCUUCAUGGCAACUCCACAGAAUGUGACACCCAUACCACACGAUCGUAUGCGCAGUUUAAGGCGAUGUGCGGUAACAGAAAGUGCUCUGAUGGGAACAUUUACUGAUUACACCCAUAGCACACUGGGAAUGGCAUACUCGAUUGGAGACAUUGAUUUAACGGGGACAAUAGCGGCCAAUGAAUCGACUGUGAUAACAAUGGCACCAGAAGCUGAUCAAACUAAUAAUACUACCUCGUAUGAUCACACGAUUAAUGCAGAGGAGUUGUGCAAUGAGAUAGAUCAGCUGUUUUUUAACAAUUCACAAUAUUAAACUGUUUGCGACAGUAUAAAUAAAUGUGCAAUAUGGAUAUUAACCAAGCUAUGCAAUGUUGUCUGGUGAUGAGUUGAAUGAUGUUUAUUUCAAAAGCUUUGUGUGCAUUUAAUUAAAAACUGUCAUUUAAUGAGCUUUUUGUGAACUGAGAUUGUUCGUUUGAAUUUGAAUUGAGAUGUUCAUUUUUAGUUGCAAUUGUUGCUAUAUAUAUAUAUAAGUCUCUGUCUCAGACACGUUUGUAUAUUGAAUGUAAUUAUACUCAUCAGAAAUAUUAUCUUUCAUCAACAUCAUCAUGCAUUAAAUGAAACGUUAUCAGCAUUUUAAUAUUAAUUACCAUAGCUCGUUAUUAGAAUUGUAAUUAGUAAAUUUCACGUGUAUAAAAGAAAAUGUAUUGCCAAUAUCCCCAGUGUAAAUGUAAAUAGAUACUUACAAAUUGAAUUGCAAGAUAUGGUGCUAUAUGUAUGUAUGGAUAUGUUUAUUGUUAUUUGUUAUUAUUAAAUACUUUGUUUUUAAUGUUAUCCAAAUGAAAAAUUACAUUUCUCCUCCAAAAACUCAACUUCUGUUUAAAUAUUUAAAAUUAUUUUUCUUUAAUAUUUCAAAUAAAACGAGUAAAACUUCAUUUUUCAUGAGAUUAAUACAUCAGUUUUUAAAUUUUUAAGUCAUUAAUUUAUUAUAAAUACCAAAAACAUUUUAAACUUUUUUAGCUGUAGUUUCUUUUUUAAUCCGGAAAGUUUUAAAGAUCAAAAUCUCUAUAAAGUGUGACAUGUAUUUAUUACUAGAUCUUAAUAAGAUCUUAAUGUAAUACAU